UUCACGACUUUGGGAAAAGUUUUUGGUGUGACAUUGAAUUCUUGAAGUCACUCCCGAGCGCACGGUUCGCCACAUGACCGCCGAGUCGUGGGGAGUGGAGGGUAUGGCAGGCCGUUUCGUGAAGUCACACCGGGGUUGCUAAUUACUUUUAAAUGCAAAUAACGCUGUUCCCCCUUGUCGGAAUAUAAGUACUUUUUUUGCUUAUCAGAAUUAAAUGAAAGACGUCUACUUAAAGGUUUCGGCUAGAAAUAUUUCAAUGGGGGGAAAAACGAUUUAAUAUGUACAGGAAACAUCAGAGGGUGUAAAAAACGAUGCUUUGAUGGCAGCACUGGCCAGUGAGUUGCACAUUUUGUCGUUUAAUAAAGUAAUACAUCAGAUUUAAACUCUUUUCGACAAUCAACAUUUCAUCCAUCAAAUAGAACUGGUGCCUCCACGAAUUGGUUGCCAUGGCGACUUGUGGAUACUCUGAGGACCUUCAGCCUCAGCAGGCCAGCGCAGUAACCAUAGCGACGCCUGCCACCACCACGCCCUCAUCUGCCAAAACCGCACACUUCCUGUCCGAGAUCCCGGCAGCCUCUGGAAGCCAAGCGGCCAGGGCCUCCAAAGCGGGACAGGAUGCACUUUGUUCACAAGCGCCAACCACCCAGAGCCAGAAGGCAGUGGUGCCAACUACGCCCACGCAGCACUACGUGGGCCCUGCUAUCCAGCACGCUGCUGUCCAGAAGAGUAACGGCCAGAGCGCUUCGCCUCAGUACAUCAUAGUGACUGUUACAGAGGGAUCGGCUCACUCCAACGACAGCCUGUCGGACUCCAGCCCACCUGCUCCUGGCAUCCCCACUCAGGUGGUCCAGGCCGUGCAGACUCCGCCACAGAGGUCAGUGUUGCAGGCAGUGACGCAGCCAACCAAGAGGAUUCAGACAGGCCACAUCAGCAGCCUGCAGUCUAUUAACCAGGAGGUGGAGCACGUUUACUCGGACCAGGUGCAGUACGUGGAUGAAGCAGAAGAUGCGGCUUUCACCACAUCCGCAAUUCGAUCAAACAGCUUCCCUUUCUCCGACUCGCCCCUCUACACCCAGACCCCUACUGCGUCCUCCUCCGCCUUCUACGAAGCCACGCCCAGCUCCGACUCAGACCUCCCCGGAUCUGUGACUUCGCAGGCGGUUUCCGUGGCAACGGCAGGAGCCAACAGUGGGGCUGGCGCUGCGGGAGCGGCUGGAUACGUCAUCCAGGGCAGCUAUCUGUUGGGAGGAGGUGGCGCAGCAGCAGGUGGGGGAGGGGGAGGACAGAGUUACUCUAGCCCCAACUCUCGCGCCCCUCCCGCUACUGUCCAGUGGUUGAUGGAAAACUACGAGGGGGCCGAAGGGGUCAGCUUGCCCCGCUGCACCCUCUACUACCACUACAUCCUGCACUGCCAGGAGCAGAAACUAGAGCCAGUUAACGCUGCGUCCUUUGGUAAACUCAUCAGGUCCGUCUUCAUGGGGCUCCGCACGCGAAGACUGGGCACCAGAGGAAACUCCAAGUACCACUACUAUGGCCUGAGGAUCAAAUCUGGCUCCCCUCUGCUCAGACUCAUGGAUGAGCAGCAGCACAUGGCCAUGAGGCAGCAGCCUUUCUCACAGAAAAACAGGAUAAAGCCACUGCAGAAGACGCCGGGCGUCGCUAACGGGACGUCGGGUGUGGCGGGUCAGCAGCAGGUGGCGGCGCUCUCUGAUAUUUCAGCCCAGGUGCAACAGUAUCAGCAGUUCCUCGAAGCAUCGAAGCUGCUGCCAGAAUUUGUGAAAAUUGAUCUUCAAGAUCAAUCCCUGCCCGAUGGGAUCCACAUGGAGCACCUCAAGGCCUUCCAGGCUCUGUACAGAGAGCACUGUGAGGCUGUUCUGGAUGUGAUGAUCAACCUGCAGUUCACUCUGGUUGAGACUCUGUGGAAAUCCUUCUGGAGGUUCAGCCAGAGCAACGACGCCGAAUCUCUCAGCCUUCACAACGAGUCGGAGAAACGGUUGCCCAGGUCCUGUUUGGUGGCUCUGUGCAAGUUUGAACCGGUGCUGCGGUGGACCAAGGACUGCGACAACCUGCUCUACCAGACGCUGGUGGAGAUCCUGAUCCCGGACGUGUUGAGACCCAUCCCCAGUGCCUUAACUCAGGCCAUCCGCAACUUUGCCAAGAGUCUGGAGAAUUGGCUGACAGGCGCCAUGAUGAACAUCCCUGAGGAAAUGGUUCGCAUCAAGGUGGUGUGCGUGGGCUCGUUCUCCCAGACGUUACGCCGCUACACCAGCCUGAACCACCUGGCGCAGGCCGCCCGGGCCGUCCUCAAGAACUCGGCUCAGAUCAACCAAAUGCUCUCCGACCUCAACCGCGUCGAUUUCACCAACGUGCAGGAGCAGGCAUCCUGGGUGUGUCAGUGUGAAGACCGCGUGGUCCAGCGGCUGGAGCAGGACUUCAAGGCCACGCUGCAGCAGCAGAACUCCCUGGAGCAGUGGGCUUCCUGGCUGGACGGGGUCGUUUCCCAGGUGCUAAAGCCCUAUGAGCAAAACCCAGCGUCGUUGCCCAAGGCGGCCAAAGUCUUUCUGCUCAACUGGUCCUUCUAUAGCUCCAUGGUGAUCCGGGACCUGACUCUGCGCAGCGCCGCGAGUUUCGGCUCCUUCCACCUGAUCCGCCUGCUGUACGACGAGUACAUGUACUACCUGAUCGAGCACAGGGUGGCCAAGGCCAAAGGGGAGACGCCCAUCGCGGUCAUGGGAGAAUUUGCCAGCACCGUCAAGAACACGAACUCUCCAGAUCUGGAUAAAGAAGAAGAGGAGGAGGACGAUGAGGAGGACAGCGAGGAGGAGAGCGGCGAGAUCAUGCUGCAGUCCAGCUCCCUGAAGGUGGACGAGGAGAAGUGCGACAUGGAGCCGCCGGCCAAGCAGCCCAGGACCAGUUUGAACCUGCACCACGCCCUGACCCAGGCCCACGGCGCGUCACCCUGAGUUAAACGCGCGCUCGCUUUUACGUUUCAGACCAUGCCAUCCUGUCCUGAAACCACGGCGGUCCCCAUCAUGUCUGUUUGUGAAACCUGGGAAUGUGGAAGAGCCCAUCUUUGAUUUUUUUUUUUCUCCUCUCUGUUCUGCACUUUUGUGUUGCUGUCGUUGACCUCUCUGCUUUCACUCAACCGUCUCCGUCUUCUCCCCUUGCUCCCUGUGCCUUCCCCCGUCUGUCCAGCCCCACGCCCGUAAAGCCUGACCCGUCAAGCCUGACCCGUCAGUACGACACGCUCUUGACUUCCUCCUGUCCUGCCUUAACCACUGACCUGAGUGCUGUGGAGCGAUAAGAAUCGUCCCGUCUCCUUCAGCAGCACUUCUUUAACUCAAACGCUUUGCUUGCCUUUAAUGAAAUGACUAUGCAGUGGGGUGCGAGGUGCAGGACUUUAAUUAAUGUCUCUUAAGAAACGUACAUCUGAGAGUAGCAUCUGGAACGAUACAGCAGCAUGAAUUAUGUCUGAACAUUUUUUGGUGAGGUUGCCAUAUUAUAUUUUUUUGGGGGGAGUUUGUUUUUGAUUUGGCCACCUAACUGAUGAUCUGUGCCUUUAAGAGAUUUCUAAUCUCAAAGAAAAAAAACAAAAAGUCUGUGAUCUAUAUAAACACAUAUAUUCUAUUCUGCAUUGUGGAUUAAUAAAUGAAUGUCCUGUGAAGUGGUCUUGGUGUUGUCAUGAGCUUUAGUACAGUUAGUAACUAGUGUGCCUGUUAAAAGUAUUCACACCCUUUGAACGUUUUUGUUUAAAAUCGCAUCUCAAAGUAUUAAGUUUUUGAUGGAGUAGAUCACCAGGAAGUACUUUAUUUGCAUAAAUCUUUCAACUCCGUUUCAGCUUCAUGUCUCUGGUGUAUGUUUCUACCACCUUUCCACAUCGAGAUAUUGAAUUUAUUUCCCGCAGGUGUUUUUUUUUAUUUAAAAAAAAAUGUUUUUCUUGCUGAACAAAAGAAAGCAAAGUAUGUGUCCCUUUCUUUGCUUGUGUAAAACUGGAAAUCUGUUAUAGUUGCUCACUGCUUCCAAGUGACCCGUCACAUAAAAUCCCAAUAAAAAAAACUUACGGUUUUGGUUCUAAUGUAAAAAAAAAAAAAAAAGGUAUGAAUAAUUUUGCAAGGUGUUGUGUAUUUAUUUAAAAGAAAAGAUGGUGGCACUCCUGCUAGAUGAUGGUCUUUCUUUUCUUCACCCAUCUUUUGGUUUACGUGCAAACCCCUUCACACACACACACACACCUUUUCUACAAUACUGUGGCCCUUCUCAGCGGGUCACACGGCCAGGCCAAAGCCCAUCCCGGCUCUUUGGGAGCAUUUCCGUUGCUUGCAGCUGUCUCAAGAGAUUUUUAGUAGAGAAGAAAGUCGAUAUUUUAUGAAAUGGCAUACUGUGGAUGAAUUUUAUCGUGUAUCUUUUGUGAAAACGGUUAAAUAUCUAUAUCUGCUCUAUUUUUUAUGUCGUCUUACCAUUAUUGCCUUAAGAUGUUGUCCAUCCUCCGGAGUGAAACCAUGGCGCGGGCGUUUCCUCUGUGAUAACGGUCUCAGCAUGGUGGCUCUGUGUGGACUCCCCUCCUCUCCCUCCUCCAAAGAACAUAACGCUCACAUCCUGCAGCUUCGUGUGUUGCAUGAGCAAAAAUGACUUAUAUUUUUGUUCCAAGUGUGAAUGUCAAAAAUUCUAACAGUGGGAUGUCUCUCAGGACCAUCUCUUCACCGAGAUCCCGCCAAAGAUCUUCGCAGAGGAAAAGGAAAAAAGAAAAUGCUACGUUCUGUUUAAAUGUACAUGACAGAAACAUCAGACUUGAAAAGUAUAAAUUAACCUUUUGAUGUCAAAGUUUGUGAAUUUGUUCCUUGCUUGUAUUGGGGAACCUCUUUUCUAAAUUUUGUCCUCUUUGAUGUUGAACUGGAGAUCUUUGUACUUAAAUCUGUGAUCGACGUUUGUAGCUUCGUCCCCUCAAUUAAAGAGAAGUGAUUCCUCUCCA